UCCUCGUCUUCUGAUUGGUCGCUGCAGGAGUUGGUCAUCAAUCCAAGAUGGCGCCGGCCCUGGUGGAGCAUGUUGUCGCGGACGCUGGAGCGUUUUUGAAGAAAGCUCCUCUCCAGGACAUCGGCAGGAACAUCUACACUCUGAGAGACGUUGUGGACGAGAUCAGAGACAAACCGACCAGAAGGAGCCUCGCCUUCCUGCCGUACGAGCUGACCUUCAAGGAGCCCAGUCCAGAGAACAUCAGACAUGUCACAGAGUUCUCGAAGAAAACCGGAGAUUAUCCAAGUCUGUCGGCGACCGACAUCAAGGUUCUGGCUCUGACCUACCAGCUGCAGCUGGAGCACGUCGGCUCCCAGAACCUGAAGACGGAACCGGAGCAGAAGGUCAACGUUCAGAGCACACGGCGCCACCCGGAGACUCCGCUCAACGUGGCAGGGUUCCACUUCCCCUCCAAGAAACCAGCAGAGAGUCCAAACAUCAAACCGACGGAGGCGAUGGAUCCAGAUCAGUUCAACAGCUUCCAGUUCUGGAGAGAACCGCUGCCGAGUGUCGACCAGCUCCUGGCUCUGCUGGGUCCAGAGGAUGUUUCAAAACCCGACAAACAGAACCAGACGAGCUCCCAGACGUCUGGAGACCAGUUCAACAGCUUCCAGUUCUGGAGAGAACCGGUACCGAGCAUAGACGAAGACCUGCUGGGUUUACUGGAUGGAGGCGGAGUCUCAGUGUCAGACUCCUCCCAGACACAGCAGGAGGUGGAGCAACCAGACGACCAAUCGGACGACGAGGACAAAGAGAACGAGCCUGAGGAGGAAGAGGAGGAGGAUGAAGAUGAUGGAGGAGGAUGGAUCACUCCCAGCAACAUCCGACAGGUGAAGAUGGACUCGGCUGAUUGGACGGCUCCAGCUGAUGUCACAGUCGGGUGUCUGACCACCGACUUCGCCAUGCAGAAUGUUCUCAUCCAGAUCGGCCUCCAUGUCCUCUCUGUGAAUGGGAUGGUGAUCAGACAGGCCAGGAGCUACAUCCUGAGGUGUCACGCCUGCUUUAAGACGACCAGCAACAUGAACAAAGUUUUCUGUCCUCACUGUGGGAAUAAAACUCUGAAGAAGCUGGCGGUGACGCUCAACGAGGACGGAAGUCUGCAGAUGCAUUUCUCCAGAAACCCCAAAGUCCUGAACUCCAAAGGCCUCAGACACUCGCUGCCGCUGCCUCAAGGAGGAAAACACGCCAACAACCCCCAGCUGGUGGAGGACCAGCGCUUCCCACAGCAGAGACUCUCCAGAAAAGCUCGCCAGAAGACCGACGUCUUCAACCCCGACUACGUAGCCGGAGCAUCACCGUUCUGCCAGAACGACAUCUAUAGCCGAGCUGCAAACCUGCACAUCAGAGACGGGCAGAGCGGCGGCGGCAGGAGGCGGGAAAACCCCAACGCCACCCGCAGGAAGUUCGUCAAGAAGAAGUGAGGACACGAGGACACACCAACACACCUGGAUACAUAAAAACGCACCUUUACGCCCACCACAGUCCUCAGUUCGUUUCUGACCAAUAGCUGCAUUCAGGGACACUGGGACAUCUGAGACACAACAAUCAACAGCCUGGAUUUUGUUACUGAAGGAAACGAUGGACAGAUUAUUAAAAAAUUACAGUAAAACUACAAUUAAUAUCAAAGAAAAUUCACAUCUUCUGCUCGUCUUCGUCAGAUGACGGAUUUGUGGGACUUUUGAUCGACAGUGACGGCGUCUGAAGCAGAUUUCUGAUGAAGAUUGACUGUUGAACUGACAGAUGAUUUGGAAACAUGUAAUUUUUAGCUUAUCGGUUCAGAAAUGGUGAAAUGUUCCUUUAAACAGCAGCUGUAACAUUCAGACUCAUCAAUAUAAUGGAUCUAUAUUAAUAAUCAAUAAAUGUUAGCUUAUAAA